CAGUGAGGAAGGCAUGACAUAGGCACCACCCGCAUCCAGCAAAGUCCCCUCGCCGCGCCGCCGCAUCCACCGCAGCUCCGCUUCUGAUCUCUCCGCCGGUCCCCGAGACCUUCUCGCGCAGUCGGCCAUGGCAUCGCAGCAGCCAUCCCUCGCCAUCCUAGUGCGCGAGCCCGACGGCUUCACGGUGUGGCCCGGCCCUCCCUACCCGCCUGGUUCCAGCCCGCCGCAGAGGCUCCCCAAGACGGCGUGCAGCGCCACGUCCUUCUCCAGCGACGGCUCCCGCCUCCUCGCGACGGUGGCCUCGGCCUCGGCUACCGUCUACGACUGCAGCUCGCUCUCCGUCAUCAGGUCCUUCGACCUCCCAGGCCUCACCUCCGCGGCGCUCUCGCCCACUGGCUCGUACCUGCAGACCUUCCAGAAGUCGUCUUCGCCGCAGGUCAAAAAUGUCACGGUCUGGCACGUUGACACCGCCACGGCGCUCUACCAGCACUACCAGAAGAACUUGUCUAAGGCCAAUUGGCCAAUGGUUCAAUUUUCUGCGGACGAGUCAGUCGCUUGUCGGAUGGCGACCAACGAGAUGCAGUUCUUUGACACAAAUGAUUUCACUAAAGGGAUUGUGUACAAGGUAAGAUUACCAGGCAUAGCUGCAUUGCAGCUAGCAAGUGCUCCAGGAUCUCAUGUUGCUGGAUUUGUCCCAGAGGCAAAGGGUGUUCCAGCCAGUGUUCAGAUCUUUUCUUGUGACAAGGAUGCACAAAACCAAGUUGUUGCCCGCAGGAGCUUUUUUCGCUGUUCAACUGUUCAGUUUCACUGGAACAAGGGGUCUACUGGACUUCUUAUUGUUUCCCAAGCUGAUGUGGAUAAAACCAACCAGAGUUACUACGGUGAAACCAAGUUGCACUACUUGACAACUGAUAGGGCCUUUGAAGGAAUUGUUCCUCUCAAAAAGGAGGGGCCAGUGCAUGAUGUUCAGUGGUCUUCUUCAGGUUCAGAGUUUGCUGUGGUCUAUGGAUUUAUGCCUGCCAAAGCAACAAUAUUCAACAAAAAAUGCAAUCCUCUUCAUGAGCUUGGUGAAGGCCCUUAUAAUACGAUAAGAUGGAACCCCAAAGGGCGAUUUAUUGUUAUAGCUGGAUUUGGUAAUUUGCCUGGUGAUAUGGCUUUCUGGGAUUAUUCAGAAAAGAAGUUGAUACAGAAAGCAAAGGCUGAAUGGUCUGUCAUAAGUGAAUGGUCCCCUGAUGGUCGCCAUUUUAUGACUGCUACAACAGCUCCAAGGCUUCAAAUAGAUAAUAGAAUAAAAAUAUUUGACCACACUGGAUCUCUGCAGUUUAUAAAGGAAUUUGAAAAACUGUAUCAGGUUGACUGGAAACCAGAAUCUCCUGAAAGAUUUGUUGACAUUGCUGAGCUCACGAUAUCUUUGAAUGGCUUAAAAAUUGAAGAAACAAAGAAGCAAGGACAAGGUUCUAAAUCGGCACAAACAUCAAGCAAGGCUCCUGUAAAUGUAGCAGCAAAACCUGCAGGAGCAUACCGUCCACCUCAAUCAAAGCACACUGCAGCGCUUCAAGACAAGCUUUUCGGUGGCCUUGCUCCUACCGGAGGAGAGAUGAGCAAAACUGCAUUGAGAAAUAAGAAGCGGAGGGAGAAGCAGAAGGAGAAGAAGGCUGGGGAAGGCUCUUCCGCUGAUGACAGCUGAUCCACUGGCUUGUUUUGGCAUUUUUCGCUGCUGAGUGAAAUUCAUAGUGACGAAUAGUUCCUUCAUUCCGAAGAAGAAAUGGCUAUGCAUCUUGUGAAUGAGAAAUGACGCUUUCCAGUUACACUGUAAUAUGUGAGACUCGAGUCAGAGGCACAAGAAUGACCAUAGAAUUUUACUCGACUUUUCGCGCUGAACGCACGGACAGUUUGUGUAACUAUAUCACAGAAAACAGUGGAGCUAUUUUAUUUUGUUUGUCA